UCAUGUUUUGAUCAAUUUAAGCUGUUAAUAAUUUAUCAUCACAUGAAUCAAAGAUUUAUCGACGAAUGGGUACCAAUAAAAGUUGACAAAGAAAGUAACCACGAUGAAAUUAAAAUAAUCGAAAAAUUUAAUUUAAAAGAAACAUCUUCAAAAAUUAAGAUGUUAAUUGAAAAGCUGUACGCGAUAGGAAAUAGUUUAAAAGGAAAGGUGGAAGAAAGCAAAGCAGUAAUGAAAGCGUCGAAACAACGAUUAAGACAUUUCCCCAGUUUAACUGCAAGUCACGCAAAAAUAUCAAUUGACUUUAAUUUGUUGCCGCAAGUUAAGGAAUUAAAGUUUUUAAUUCAGUCUGAUUGUACUAAACCACUUCGGAUUUAUUUAGACAUUUUUAACAAGAUACCGUUUUUGAUGGAAGAUAAAACGUGGCCUGGACGAUGCUAUGAGAUUCCGAUGAAUGUUUUUAAAGAAAACGUUUAUCAUCUUGAGGAAUUAUCAAUAAGUGAUGUUAAUUGUAUGUAAUUUGUUUAUAAAAUUAAAAAAAAUAUAUUAACUGUAUAAAUCU